AGAGGUGGUGGGCGACUACCCCUACAGGAACAAACAGGACGCGGCUCUACUAGAAAAAGAUGCAACCUGAGGAGAAACUUACUUCUACGGGGGCGGAAAAGGACGAUGGUGUUGACAUCAAGAUUGAUGCGAGUGCAGCUGCGUUUAGCAGCAGGAGGAGGAGCCUUAAGACGACGACCACAUCUUUUACUGUUCUCAACAACCCCACCAGCUACUCCGGUGCAGCAGUCGUCGUUCCAGGUGCGUCGAUCACAUCAAAUGGGAGCAAAAAUAUCAGCGCCGCAGGCGCAGGAGCCAAUAACACGACCCAAGGGUACUACAACACCAACCCUCUUGGUGCUGUCCUCACCGGCGCCUCAGCCAGCUCCUCGUCGAGUCGGCCCCCGCCACAUUUUUCAGCGCUAUCUGGGAGAAAAGGAGGCUCACAGCCGAGUAGCAGCUCCAAGGCGGCGCGGCAGAAUACGGAGGACCAUGAUGAAAGUGCUUUAUUUAUCCAAGCAGCGGCAGGAGGAGGAGCAGCAGCAUCCAGUAGCCUCCACGCUGCACCGGGCGCGGCGCACAGUGCUUUCGGUACUGUUCUAGGGAAAUGCAUUGAUUUCAUGUUGACAUUCGAGAAAAUGAUGAAAUCAAAUGCUAGCGCUUGCAACAUGUAUCAUUUGUUAUUACUUUUGGUCUGUGAUGAUCAAAUCUAUCUGUACAUAACAUAAGUGUUUUCGGAAUGCGGCAAUUUCACUGCCUGGCUUGCUUGAAAAGAAGUUGAACCUCGGGCGAUUUAUUGUUUAUCACAGGUUCGAACCCGUUCCGAUCGCCAGACGCCCCCGGUACUAGUUCUUCGUACAACUACAAUGGGCUUUCCUCGCUCAAAAAAUCCACCGCCCGCCGGUUCUCGCCCGAAGACCAGGCCUGGUGCGACGAGCAAACACAGCAGAAGCUGGACGUCUCGCAGUUACUCACUGCCUUGAUGGACAUUCACUCCUUGACGCCCGGGACGGAGGAGGCGGAUGUGUACCAAGCCAGUUUCCAGCAGGCGUACGACGGGCGGAUGCGGCUCUCUCUGUCCGCGUUGAAGACUGGGUUGAGCGAAAGCGAACGCGUGAAGGAGGAAAACAAAAAGUUGAUUUCCCAGGAGUCCAUCGAUUCGAAGUUCAAUAGAAAUGAUCGGUUGCAGCAGCAAGAAGGCAGUGGAAACGAUAGUAGUCCAGAAUACGACUUCGCACAGAAUUCCGCUUCUGCCGCCUCUUCCGCCGCAAAGAAAUCCUCAUCCUGGGGCUCGGAUUUCAAGGGGACCAGGCUCGAUCGCGGGUCUUGCUUCGGCGAGAAUUCCUUCGGGGAAGCUGCUUCUCCACCGGGGGUUGUUGCGCACAACAACCCUAGCUCACUCUUCGCCCGAAGCGUUUCUGCUAGUAGCGGCCGUGGUGCAGCACCUUCUUCACACGAAAAGCAGCAUCAAAUCGAAAAUGAGGAGAGCGAACAGUUGCCGCUCGACAUCGGUGGGCUGAACCACCUCAAGCAGAUCGGGGGGAAAGACGCAGGAAAUCUUAAACCCGCGUAUUCCCCGCCCGGGCCAAGAACCCGACUACCGGCGUUUUCCGUUCUGCUUCGGCGGGGGUUGGACAGCUUAAAGGCCUCCCACCGGUCCAGAUCAGGGUCUGCGUCGCCCGAUUCUGGUGCGGUCUCCCCGCCCGCGUCCGAGCAGGACCACGGGUUCGAUCCGCAGAUCUAUCGGGGUCCUCACAACGCGCGGGAUGUGUUGCGCAGUCAGUAUGGCGGUGAUGGUGUUUCUUCUGUAGGGGCCAGCGCGCAAUUUGGAGCCGGGGGUGCAGCAUCUUCAAGUAGAACGGGGGCAUUUUCCUCCUUUGGUGCUGGUGUGACGAGUUCGAGUUUUGGUCCUGCUGGAGCUCCUGCGUCCUCCUCGUCUGCCUCGCGACCUUUUUCGCAGACCUCGACUGGUCUUCUUGUACAACAAAACCGAGGACCAGCACCGCAAAAUCUGCGUGACGAGCACGUGACAUCCCUAGCUCCGUCGCUGAGCCGCACAAACGCGGUGGUUUUCAGUAGUGCCACGGAGACCGAGCCACAACAUCAGCAGCUUCACCUUAUUUCAACAUCUAAUGGUUCGGUAAAAAAGAAAAAUGCAUCCAGUACCUCUGUCAAUAAGACCCCGAGUCCUCCGGCAAAUAGGGGCUUCUUAGCUGCUGCAAAGUCGGGGUUCUCCCCCGAGAACCCGUGGCAGCAGGGCACACCGUACAGUGCGGACAAAAAGCUCCGGGAGGAGGAAGCUGCGAGAAAGGAGGCCGCGGAACGACAGGAUAGAAAAGCUGCAGAUCAUAGAGAAAAUAAUCUUCUCCUAAGGCCCACAAACUUCAACGACUUGCUCGAGGAAGUGCCAGAAGCUCCUCCUGCAAUGGAGGACCUGGAUGAAGCAGCAGCAGAGUCCUCGCCUGAGCAAAAAGUGCAUGAUCAUUCUGUUGAUUUUUCGUUCGGAGGUCCAGAAGCAGUGCGGCAAGAACUUCUUCUACAACAACCCGCGCAAGGAGAAGUGCAGACAAUAACGUCUCAACGGCACCGAAUGGCUGGCUCUUCUCGUACAGAACACGAGGACACUUUCACGGCCACGGGUAAAGAUGACUCCUCCCCCGACUUCGGAAAUGGUCUGGUACCGAAUCAGACGUUGAAAGUCGGGAGCGCGACGCGAACGGUCGUGUCACCCAUGAGACGACGGGAGCUCGGCAUGUCGAAUUCCAACUACAUCGACCUCACCAAUUCGACGACGACGUCCAAUUUUUACGGCAGUAAAACUUCCCUAGUGCCGCCUCCAGGUCGUCCAGGGAUUGUGCAAAGACUAUUGCAACAUGCUGGAGGCCGUGGUAUAACUGGGGGUGGCAGCAGCAGUAGCACCAGCAGGUUCCAGUUUCCUUCUAUUCAUCAACAGCUGCGGGGGCCACAAGAAGAGCUGCUAAAAUCGUCUGCAACUUCCGUGGUACAACAGUACGACGCAUCCGGACAGCCACUUGCGACGCCGACGCCCAUAUCAAAUGUAAAAAAAAUGUCUGGGUCUGGAAGAGGAGAAGCUUGUCAUGCACAUUAUCCAUGAUCCAUGAUGUCUCUGAUGUAUGCAAUAGCAUCACAGAUCUUUUGAGCGCCUAUCGAUGCGCGGCCUGCAUGACAAAUGCCCUCUCCGCGUAGCCAAAUUUGACUCCUCUUGCUGCUCAUGCAAUACAGAUUUUUUUAGCAUCCAAAUGCAGCAUCACAAAUUUGGCUCUACCAGACCCAGACAUUUUUGCAAUGCAUAACCCAAGUCCGCGGCCAUGCGCGCGACUUUCGCCAAGGCAGCUUCCGCGUCCGGAAAUUUUGCGGCGGCCGCGCCGGGGACAAAUGCUAAUUUGAUGAACAAGAAUAAUUAUCUCCACCCGAGCAGUAGUUCCACAGCAGUUCGGAGUACUUCUUCUUUCCUCGCACCGACUAGCAAAGAGGAUCCGGAAGAUGAUGUUGAGAUGGUAGACGCCACGACAAGCACCACUGGAAUCAUCGCAGCAGGAGUUGGAAGUGCCGCAAGUUCAAGUUCUAUGGCGCAAAGGCACCAACUUCCGAAUAGCGCAAUUCCACCGACGACACUGCAGAUGAAAGCAACAAACUUAUCGAACCAGCAGCAACCGCCGGGGACCAUCUCGUCGUCGCAGCUGCCUCAGCUUCCCCCAGCUACGCGUGAACUGUCGUCGGGCACCAGUACGAGUUUGAAGCGGCCCACGCCGUCGGAAGUAGUAGAUCUCAACUACGCCUCCAGCGCGAUCGUCCCCUGCUCGGAAGAACAACCUGGGAUGCAGUGGAGCAAGUCGGAUCCCACGCACGACAAGUUGUUUGAUCCGCGGAGCUUGAUUGAUCAAUUCAAAUUGAAGAACGCGCCGGUGGGCCUGCACAAAAAUUCUAAACCGUUCUUGCAGAACAGCGAGACGGAGGACCAAUCGGCCCGGGCGCGAAAGAAAGCGAAAGCGGCGGGCCUCAGCGCGAAGGACGUGAAGAAGCUCGAGGCGUCCCGCGCCAAAGCGGAGCUGUUUGGCAAGGCGACGCCGGGGCGGUCGACGAAGCUUGGCCACAUCCCGCCCAUCGUGGAAGCGAACCAGGAAUUGUCCAGUUCAGUGUCACCGCAAGCAACACGACCCGCGGGGGCUCUUGCGAAGGUUAGUGCUGCGCCGGUAAAGACGAUGGUGGUCGUUCCUCCAGAGGUAGUUUCUGCACAGCCUGGCUUAGUUGUCGGCGGUGGAGGUUCCUCCUCGUCGUCAUCAGCGAAACAACCUGCAUACAAAAACGAAAGCGCAGCAGUAGAACCGUCCAGGUCUGCGCCCCCGCCUGUACCGAAGAAUAAACCGGACGAGAGACUGCUGCCUGAGGAUGACAACUUGCACUAUGGUACGAUUGAUUCGCGUAAAAAUUCGCCAGAGGUGGAUAAAAACAGCGAUAAGAGAAAUGCAGCUACGACGACCGCGGCGGCCGACACCAUCGUGGCACCAGAAGUAGAGGCACAUCAAGCGCAUCGUGAUCGUCGUGUAGGCGGAGGAAGGAAUCAAGAAGUGGUAGUCCAACAAGAAGAUGAUAAUAAACCACUCACAACGAGGACCACUCCGGUCCUCGCCCUCGCGAAGUACUACGAGCCCGACCGGGACUACAUCGCGAACCCGCGGUGGUACAGCCCCACGGAUCCGGUGGAUGUCGCAAUCGGCAAGAUCCCACCCGGGAAAAUCAUGAGCUGGCGGUGCGAACAGUACGGGUACCCGAUUCACUACCACAUCUACCGCGAUAAGAUCGACGGCUCCUUGCGGGACUUCCACACCGGUCGGAAAGUCCACUUCAUCGACAGUACCUCCGGGGAAAGGGUCCCGCUGAAAGACGCGCUCAUGAGGCCAACAGAGGACUUUGUUCGGAAGUACCUGGAGGGCCGCGGGGGAGAUGAAGUUGCCGGCGUGCUGGAAAACGGAGCGGAAAGUUCUGGUAAGCGAGGCGUUGGUGACCACGAAGAAGACAAUUUGUACCAGCGAAGUAGCAACACCCGGCAGAACAUCGCGAAGGCGGCGAGCACGCGGCUGUUUUCGAACGAGACUACUGGAGGUUCUUUUGCUGUGCAGCACUUGUCGUUCAACAACGUAGAACCAGCACCAGCAGGGGAACAUCAAGCUUCUGCUUUCGCAAAGUCCCCGCCACCGAAGAGGCCAUUUCUUGCAGCUGCUAAUAUCGGCGGCAACGGAUCCUCGACCAUCUCUCAGGCUGGCCUGCCCAUCCCGUCGGGCGCCGCGGGCCUGCCGGUCCCCGGGGGAUCCUCGUGUUCCUUCCGGAACGGGUUGCCGGACACGAGUGGCUCCAGUCCCGAUUUGCCGAGGGAGCCCAGUCACGGAACGACCGUGGUGCAUCUGCCGGCCGCGACCUCGAGUAGUCUCGUGCGGCCAGCGGGGAUCGACAUGACGCAGUCGUCUCCGCCCGAGAGGAUGGUGGAGCCGGGCGGUGGGGCGAGUAUGAGUAGCAACGGGGACUGUUUCCGAAUUUUGCGGAAGCAGCCGGGCUUUAGCGGGGAUCAUGCGACGAGUCCUUCUCUAGCUGUGUUUAGUACUAACAAUAAGUACGCAAGUGUUGAGACGAGUGGUGCGGUGAAUGGUCCUCUUCCAAUCGCAGGAGCUGCGACGGAGUCUAAUGAUACUAGCGGCAACCUCCACGCAGCGUCCUCGUCGAGUCUGGGUCGGCAACCUCCAUCGGGAGGUGCGGAGCAAAGCAGAAGGGUUCCUCCGAGCGAUUCGCUGGGCAUCCUUUCGCGGCCAGGAGCGGCACUGCUUGGUGGAACCACGGCAAAUUCCACCUCUGCUCUCGUGCCCAUUGGAAGUACUAUGAGAGAAGGAGAUCCUAGCGCAGCGGUGGCUGGUGAUGAUCCACCAGGACCCGGGGCAGACCAAGGCAGUGCCGGCGCAGACCAGAUAGUAGCGGCAGAACCGUUAUCAGGGUCGAUUGGCAGUCGAGAAAUAAAGCAGCCGUCAGGAGGUGACGUGGAAAUGAAUCUUCGUGCAGCUUCUAGCAGUUCAACAUCUGUGAACAAUAAUUUUUACACCGGACUGCCCUCGCUGUCGCUUCCCAAUGCUAAUGGAAGUGGUGCAGGUGCGAGAGUUCUUCCCGGGCAGCUGCUGGCACCGCUAAGUGGCGGGUCGGUAGCCUCGUCCUCCUCCAAGCCGCCCCUCGCCCCGCCAAACACAGCCGAUCGAAUGCCCUCCUCCGCUCUGGACGAAGUGUUGCACGAGCGGCCGCGGCGGAUGUCCUCACUGCAACCAGUGGUCGCCGGCAACAACACGUCCGGCGCCUCCAGCAGCAGUGCGCCACUGGUAGCCGCGCGGUCGGCCUCCUACUCGCCCACGAGCCGGCGGAACCGGACGGACGCGGACACGAACAAGGAGGGCACCGCCUUUGACGCCCACGCGUUCCAACGAGGCUCCUCCCCGCCGCGACGGGCGCACGGCGAGCAGAACCAGGACGACGGGGUGCCCAAUCAGCAGCCCACGACGGUCAACGAAAGCACGGACUUACCGCGUUCCGCGCACCUGCAGCGGACCAACAUCGACCCCAACGACCCGAAGUAUAAGGAAGCGUUCUUCGCCGGCGCUGUGUCAACCGGGGGCUGGGUGCCCGUCAUCUACGAGGGCGCAGCGGCAAAGCUGCAGGGGGUACGGAUUUGUAUGUUCAUUUCAACAUUGUUAUUUUAACCGACUGCUUAAGCGACCAAUUUGAAUUUCAAUUUGGUGGAGUGAGAUGAAGUUGUGUCCUGUUUUGCUACCAUAAAUAAGGAGGCUGCAGUAUCUAUUCUUUCUUCAUCUUCCGCAAAAAUCAACCUUCAAACUAACUGCAGGCUCCCGAGCAGAAGCAGAUCCAGGGCCCCAUCGUCGUUCGUCGACCUGGGUCUCGUGCCCUUCCGACCGAAGAGGAGGCAGGAGAGGGAGCGCAGAACAAACUGUUACCAAGCAGUGGGAUUAUCAAGACGGAAACAGCUACCUCCUCAACCGCGAAUAACAGGGACAACAAGCGCGUGCGAUUUUCCGAAAUCUCCGACAUUCGCGAGUUGGACAGCCACGAACUUCCAGACUUUUCCAUCGAGGGCGAGCCCCUGGUACUUGUGCACAAUAACAGCAACGGUUGUCGUGACACCAACUUUUCGAACCUUUCCGCGAUCCCGCACCGGCGGUCUUCGGCCGCUCCGGAUCAACAUGCAAAUCCAACAGCGUACGGAAACUGCAACCCGGUACCUGGCCUACCGGUCGGGACGUACUGGAAACAGAAGGAGGGUUAUCGUAAGGAAAAAUCCCCCCUCCCCAUAUCAAAAGGAAGUUUCUGAUGCUGGAUUUGCGUACACAAAUCAGAUCUGUCUUGCAGAAAGUGCUUGGCGGCCGCAUUUUCUAAGCCUGUUUGGAUAUGCAGAAGGCUAGCAAUUAGGCAUGACAAACAGGUUUGCAGUAGUCAAAAGCGCAUGACAGACUGUCUGCGGAAUGCGCCACAUUGCUCCCAUUACCGUAUAGGCAAGACAGAGGGUAUUUGUGGCCACAAAUCAGCAUCACAAAUUUCCUUUUCGAUAUGGGGAGGUGGGAUUUUUACUUUUGAUAAGGGCAGAGACACCAUCCACCGGUUUGUCGGGUCCAACGUCGGCGCGUCGGAGGACAUCAACGGAACGUACCCGGAUAACGGGGACGUCUACCGGGACCGGAUUUUCAACCCGAAUUAUCUCCCCCUGCCCUUCCGCGCGAGCUCGAAGAACGCGAGCACAAACUUCGCGCUAGUAUCCGCCGGGCGGAAGAUCAAGAUACCCCGCGGCGCGGUGCGCGACCGGCUCUCCACGCAGAUCCGACACGACCACCGGGAGAAGGUGCUGAAGAGCCGCCGAAAUCGGCUGGACUCGGGCAGCGACAGCGAGCCUGCACAACAAGAACAUCCGAUGGACAGCAACAACCGGCGGCCGCGCAUGAGUGACGUGCCCUGGAUCCGCACGCCCCCGCAUGAUAAGGCCUACACCUGGGAGGAGGGCGACUGGCUCCAGACGCCGGAGGGAAAGAAGCCACCGGAAAAACCGGCUGACCAGGCGAAGUGGCUCGACAAACCGCCCAGGGCGGCGAGAAGGUACUUAUGCUAUGCAAUUAAUUGAAUCGUCUUCGUCUUUUGUCGGCAUCCAUGAGGGUAUGAUUUCGAUUUGCAACUUCAUCGAGAGGAGAUUCUGGUCGAUUUACUUUCGUUUGCACUGUGUACUAAAAUCCUUCCUGCGCGUACCACAGGCACCUCGCGGAGGCAGACGAGCUCGAUUUUGAGUACGAGUACUUCGUCACACUAGCGUACACGAAGCCGGGCGAUCCACAGCCCGUGCCGCACGCGUCGGUUCUGGCGGAUAGCUUCCAGAGCUGUAUCGACGUGUCGUCGUCCCAUGUGCACCAUCAGCAGUCUUUUGCGCAGCAGCAGCAGCAGCAGCAGCAGCAGCAAGCGCAAAACCAAUCGGAGCGGCCGCCCCCGUUCGAAAUGAAUAACCAGCAGAUUGUUCCCACGCCGCCAAGUAUGGCGCCCUCGGACCCGAGAAACAACGCGAUGAUUAUGUCAGCGUACAUAUCCUGAGUAAAAACGUACCCACACCAGAGUCAGGAUGGGGAUUUUGCAACACAAACCUAGGAGUUUUUAGAGUCACGCAUGACAAAUUUCAGUUCGUACUGUAGUGCAGAUUAGCGUGGACAGCCGCAUUACAAAUCCAUCUGCUUAUCCUGUUUACAGCAUUGCAAAUUUUGGAACACGAUGGGAAAUGCCUACCAUGUGUAUGCGCAUCACAAAUGUUCCUGUCAUUGGAAAUCAGCAUUGCAACUCUGGGGUGGGGACGUUUUUACACAGGAUAGUACAGCGACCGGUCCGCCUCCGCUGCGGUCCUCAGCGGUAAGAUCAGUCCGGUACGGAGUCUGGCGGACCGGGAGCGCGACGAAGCCGAGAAGGAGCAAAAUAACAGUCAACAUCAAAACGCGAGUCAGGACCAGCAACAGCAAGAUGAAAAUCAGCAGUCCUCUAGAGGUACAGAUCUCCACGACCAAAGCAGCAACAUGCAGCAACGGAGUAGGAACGAGGACGAAAGCGCGGCUUUUCAUUCGAUCGUGGAAGACCGUUCUUCGUUCCUCCGGAUCAGCGAGGGGGAGCACAGGCCGAAAAUUUCUCCGCCGACCUUUGGCAUCGCAGGCGUGACCGCCGCGGAACUCCGGGCAAAGGAAGUGUCCUUUGGUGGGGACCAUCAGGGGGCCUUCGACCCGCACCCGGGGAACAAUUUGAAUGGGGUAUUGGUUUAGUUUCUAAGUUGUACUUAUCUCCUACGAUGUGUUUCAGUAGAUUCGAAGAAUGGUCAAUAUUACGAGUAGACGCACGAGGAAGAAAUAGUGGCUGCAUUUGUUCAGUAAGUCGCUGAAAUAAUAAAUCUAUCCCUGGAAUCCCGUUUUUAUUGUGUAAUGGAUUCUGUGUCGAAUUCGUCAUCUAUCAUGAUGCUACUUCAAAUCUUCAACAAAUACAAAACAGCACACGCCACAGUUUGGCGCGCAGCAUCCGACGCCGCAAUUUGGCGGUCUGGUUCCCCGCGGUGGCCUGUUUGACCGCGAACACGAGCAUUCGCCCGGCCCCAGCUUCGUACCGUCCCCGCGUGGGGGCCGGCUGCCCCACGUGACCUCGCCCGUGUUCGUGCCCAGUCCAAAGGGAGCGGACGGGGCGCGGGGACGGGACGCGGAAAAUCGGGUAAGAAAGUUUUUUUACUUGUAGCGUGCUUAUUGGGUUUAGGUUUUCUUGUUGUUACGUGAUAAAGUGUAACAAGGUGAAACAACCUUCGCAAUGUCAAAAAAUCGCAAAAAUAUCUAUCAUGCCCUACAGGUUUUCACUCCUGAAGAUCCGCGUGGUAGUUUCCCAGCACAUCAGGCGCUGGAUCCGGAAGCGCAGCGACGCCUUGACGCGAUCCAGGAUAUUCUAGUGUCCAAGGGGCACGACGCAGAAGCCGCGCUGCCGCUGGCCAAGGAGCUGUUAUCCGUGCUGAGAUCGGAGGAAGAGGUCACGAUUGAGAACCUGCAGGAAGCGGAGAGACGACUGCAGGAAGCGGCAGAGUACGAUUCAAAUAGAUACAACUUUACAAUGAGCUUACUGUUUGUGUAA